CUUAGCGCUAACCAUUGCACCUGGGGCUGGGAGCCAGCGCCGGAGCCAGGAGGCCCGCUAGGCGGCUGCAGGCGCUGUGACGGCCACCUGGGGGCGGCCACGUGAGCGCCACGCCGUGCGCCCGCCAGGCCAGCCCCGCCCCUGCCCGCCCGCUUCUGCUCAACCUAACCCAGCCCCAGCUCCAGCCUCAGCUCCCCUCCUGCCUGGAUCGAGCGCCCGCACUCCCGUCCCUGCAGCCACCCGAGUCCCGCUCGCUGUCGCCUGCACGCGAGUCCCUGACACGCGCUCCCGCAUCCCGGGAUCGUCCCAGCGGCCCCUGCGCCCUUCCUGGGAUCACUACAGCGGCCCCGAGCCCCGGGAUCGGUCCAUCUGCCCCGCGUGGCCCCAGCUGCUUGCCCGGAGCGCCAGCCAGCGCGCCCCGCUCUCCGCUCCCCGGCACUCUCGGGGGGCCCGCCCGCCCUGCACCCUGGAGCUCCGGGCCGCGAGCCUCUGCCAACUCCUCUGGACCCUCGCGGCCGUGGGCAGCGGCUGCCGCGCCUGUCCGCCCGAGGGAGGACCUUCGCCUCUGCAUUUAUCCAGUAACUCUGGCUGUGCCGGAUACUGCUUGGGUAAAACGGGCACCCCAGGAACAUGGCAGACGAAGAUCUCAUCUUUCGCCUGGAAGGCGUUGAUGGCGGCCAGUCUCCCCGAGCUGGCCAUGAUGGUGAUUCUGAUGGGGACAGCGACGAUGAGGAAGGUUACUUCAUCUGCCCCAUCACGGAUGACCCAAGGUCGAACCAGAAUGUCAAUUCCAAGGUUAAUAAGUACUACAGCAACCUAACAAAACGUGAGCGGUAUAGCUCCAGCGGGUCCCCGGCAAACUCCUUCCACUUCAAGGAAGCCUGGAAGCACGCAAUCCAGAAGGCCAAGCACAUGCCCGACCCCUGGGCUGAGUUCCACCUGGAAGAUAUUGCCACCGAACGUGCUACUCGACACAGGUACAACGCUGUCACCGGGGAAUGGCUGGAUGAUGAAGUUCUGAUCAAGAUGGCGUCUCAGCCCUUCGGCCGAGGAGCAAUGAGGGAGUGCUUCCGGACGAAGAAGCUCUCCAACUUCCUGCACGCCCAGCAGUGGAAGGGAGCCUCCAACUACGUGGCGAAGCGCUACAUUGAGCCCGUAGACCGGGAUGUGUACUUUGAGGACGUGCGUCUACAGAUGGAGGCCAAGCUCUGGGGGGAGGAAUAUAAUCGGCACAAGCCCCCCAAGCAGGUGGACAUCAUGCAGAUGUGCAUCAUUGAGCUGAAGGACAGACCGGGCAAGCCCCUCUUCCACCUGGAGCACUACAUCGAGGGCAAGUACAUCAAGUACAACUCCAACUCUGGCUUUGUCCGUGAUGACAACAUCCGCCUGACGCCGCAGGCCUUCAGCCACUUCACGUUUGAGCGUUCCGGCCAUCAGCUGAUAGUGGUGGACAUCCAGGGAGUUGGGGAUCUCUACACUGACCCACAGAUCCACACGGAGACGGGCACUGACUUUGGAGACGGCAACCUAGGUGUCCGCGGGAUGGCGCUGUUCUUCUACUCUCAUGCCUGCAACCGGAUUUGCGAGAGCAUGGGCCUUGCUCCCUUUGACCUCUCGCCCCGGGAGAGGGAUGCGGUGAAUCAGAACACCAAGCUGCUGCAAUCAGCCAAGACCAUCUUGAGAGGAACAGAGGAAAAAUGUGGGAGUCCCCGAGUAAGGACCCUUUCUGGGAGCCGGCCACCCCUGCUCCGUCCCCUUUCAGAGAACUCUGGAGACGAGAACAUGAGCGACGUGACCUUCGACUCUCUCCCUUCUUCCCCAUCUUCGGCCACACCACACAGCCAGAAGCUAGACCACCUCCAUUGGCCAGUGUUCGGUGACCUCGAUAACAUGGCUUCCAGAGACCAUGAUCAUCUAGACAACCACCGGGACUCUGAGAAUAGUGGGGACAGCGGAUACCCCAGUGAGAAGCGGGGUGAGCUGGAUGACCCUGAGCCCCGAGAACAUGGCCACUCAUACGGUAAUCGGAAGUACGAGUCUGACGAAGACAGCCUGGGCAGCUCUGGACGGGUAUGUGUAGAGAAGUGGAAUCUCCUCAACUCCUCCCGCCUCCACCUGCCGAGGGCUUCGGCCGUGGCCCUGGAAGUGCAAAGGCUUAAUGCUCUGGACCUCGAAAAGAAAAUUGGGAAGUCCAUUUUGGGGAAGGUCCAUCUGGCCAUGGUACGCUACCACGAGGGUGGGCGCUUCUGCGAGAAGGGCGAGGAGUGGGACCGGGAGUCGGCUGUUUUCCACCUGGAGCACGCGGCCGACCUGGGCGAGCUGGAGGCCAUUGUGGGCCUGGGACUCAUGUACUCGCAGCUGCCCCAUCACAUCCUAGCCGACGUCUCUCUGAAGGAGACAGAAGAGAACAAAACCAAAGGAUUUGAUUACUUACUGAAGGCUGCUGAAGCUGGCGACAGGCAGUCCAUGAUCCUAGUGGCGCGAGCUUUUGACACUGGCCAGAACCUCAGCCCGGACAGGUGCCAAGACUGGCUAGAGGCCCUGCACUGGUACAACGCUGCCCUGGAGAUGACAGACUGUGAUGAGGGCGGUGAGUACGACGGAAUGCAGGACGAGCCCCGGUACACGAUGCUGGCCCGGGAGGCCGAGAUGCUGUUCACAGGAGGCUACGGGCUGGAGAAGGACCCGCAGAGAUCAGGGGACUUGUAUACCCAGGCAGCAGAGGCAGCGAUGGAAGCCAUGAAGGGCCGGCUGGCCAACCAGUACUACCAAAAGGCUGAAGAGGCUUGGGCCCAGAUGGAGGAGUAACCAGGAAAAUCACUGCCAGCUAGUCCCAAGCAAACGGGCUAGGAGGAAAGAUUAAAAAAACAACAACAACUUAUUUAGCUUGGGGAGGGGAAGCAUUUUUAGUGUGUUGUAAAUCAAAUUUUAUAUUUCAUUUUUUGACUCUUGAAAAAUGUCUUUGCUACUUGGCAGCUACCAGCAGAGACUCUAUAGCUGUCUCUUAGGGCAGUAUUUUGGGGGAAGUGGGGCUUGAAGAAGCAGCCUAAUGAACCAACAUACCGUUUUGUGGUGGGUUUUUUUUGUUGUUGUUUGUUUGUUUUCUUUUUUGAGACAGAGUCUUGCUCUGUCACCCAGGCUGGAGUGCAAUGACAUGAUCUCAGCUCACUGCAACCUCCACCUCCUGGGUUCAAGUGAUUCUACUGCCUCAGCCUCCCAAGUAGCUGGGAUUACUGGUACACACCACCACACUCAGCUAAUUUUUGCAUUUUUAGUAGAGAUGGGGUUUCACCAUGUUGGCCAGGCUGGUCUCGAACUCCUAACCUCAGGUGAUCCACCCGCCUCAGCCUCCCAAAGUGCUGGGAUUACAGGUGUGAGCCACCAUGCCUGCUAUUUUGUGGUUCUAUUUUCAUUUUUAUUUCUUUUUUUUUUUUUGUCACGAGAUAAAAGAAAGUGCUUUUUGCCUUGAAUGGACAAUUUUAGGGUUCUGCUCACUAGUCUUUUCAGGCUGGACUGAAAUGUCGGGCCCAUGGAGCCCUGUGUUUUGUGCAUCGGGAUGAGAAAUGAAGCACUGCACACUGGCUUUCCUAAGUCAUGGGGUGUAUAUUACUGUGGCUUAGUGCAAAGCAUUCUUUCUCAGAGCAUUUAGAGGCACGCAUGGCAUUUUUUCAGUGGGUGUGAGAUUGCACAAUACCCAGGCUCCCUUCUACCAUGGAGAAGGGCCUGCAUAUUGGCCGUUUUUUAAACUUCUAGUUUAAUUUCCUUCCAUAAUGCUACUGAUUUUCUGGCAUACAGCCGAAUUCCGUUUUUUAAGCAUGCUUUCUACGGUGGGCUUUUCAAAACAGGUUUGAGUUUUGUAUGCACACAUUUACUACCUCUAACUCCUACAUCAGCUAGUGUGGAAGAGGGUGCACCUCAAAGCUUUUACACGUAAGGACAGCGGCUUGGAAUGUCAAAGCCUUUUCUCCAAGCAGACAUGCACUCUGCAUCUCAGUGGCAGCUUCCACAACGUGACUGCAAUGUCUCUUAUACAGUAUUCCUCGGUGUUUUCUUAGCGUCUGGAUGUUCUUCCGUGAAAUCUGCUCCCCAGCCCUGGUCCUUGGCAUUUUCUGCUUGAAGCUGGGCUGAUUUUCUUGUAAUUUACAGCAGGACGCUUUCAGCAGGAGUCUCUUGGGAUUUUAUCUAAGAUGUUUGAGGAUGAGAGGGCAAGAACUAUAAACACUCAUUAAUUCCAGUAGUCUCCCCAGGGCCAGACAAUGGUGAUUGUUAUUUAAUGAGCUUUUCCUUUCAAUGGAAUUCAGCUCUCACAUUAGUAUGAUUUCAUUUGAUGUUUCAAAUAGCAAAGAUGCUAGGUGCGGUGGCUCCCGCCUGUAAUCUCAGCACUUUGGGGGGCCAAGGUGGGAGGAUUGCUUGAGCUCAGGACUUCAAGACCAGCCUGGGUAAACAUGGCGAGACCCUGUCUCUACCAAAAAAAAAAAAAAAAAAAAGACAGACUGCUUUGAUCAACCCUAAAUGCGAAAGCAGCCUCUUUUUCUUUGUUUAAAAGUCAAAACAUAAAAAAGCAGAGUAUAACAUACAAACCAUUCUUAACUAUUCAUUAAAAUGGGUCCUUCAACACCUAAGUGGGGUUUGUUGUUGUUGCUUAUGCAGAGAGAUUGUUUUCUUUUUAUUAUUUUAUAAUUUUUGAAAUAGAGAUGGGGUCUUACUGUGUUGCCCAGGCUGGUCUCGAAUUCCUGGGCUUAAGUGAGCCUCCCGCCUCAGUCUCCCAAAGUGCUGGGAUUACAGGCAGGAGCCACUGAGCCCAGCCAACACUUUAGUGUUGACUGCUUUGGAGGCAUGAACCCAUGCAAGCGUUAGUUCCAAAGUUCAGUGUGUACCUUUAAAUGAACAAUGAAGCAGGUGAAAUUACCCUGGAAAAGAAUCCCUUAGACCACCCAUAAAUGACAGUGGCUUUUUCAAUAUGGACUCAUCAUAGCCAGUUUUCCUUUUGAAGUUGGAACUGAUCACCCUUUUGUCAUCUGUACCAGAUCAGUAGUUGGCUUGUGUUACAUUUUGUGUGUGUGUGCGCGCAUGUUUUAAACCAGUGCAUAUAAAUUGUAUGUUAAAUGUAAGUAACUUUAAGUUGACUUAUCUCUUCACAGUAAUCAAGCCUCAUGUAAUUCAUGCUUUUUAAAUUCAGCCAGUCCCCCCUCUCUGAAAUUUUAUUAUGUAAAUAAUUUGUGUUCCCCGAUCACUCGUUUAAGUUCUUAGUUGUAUGUCAUCUCUUCUCUAGCAGGAAUUGGCAAACUUUUUUGUAAAGGGGUAGAAAGUGAAGAUUUUAGGCUUUGCAGGCCAUAUGGCCUCUGCUGCAAAUGCUCAACCCUGCUGUUGUAAAAGCUGCCAUAGACACUACAUGAACACGAAUGAGUGUGGCUGGUGUUCCAAUAAAACUUUAUUUACACAAACAGGUGGCCCUCUUGGGCUGUAGUUUGUCAACCCUUGCUCUAACCCUUGACUGAGAGCUACUUUAUGAAGCCCUGAGGGCAGGAGCUAUCUCAAUUUUGUGCUCCCCAGGGCACCAAAACACAGUGCUUUGGCAUAGAGUAGGCACUCAACAAAUGUGUGAACAGAUGGAGAGCCAGCCCUAGUCAGUGCACUCACCCUUUGAGGCUCUGGUUCCUCCAAACAAUUAAUGAUUCAUUGUCUGGAUUGGCUGGAACUGUCACCCCCCCAAUUCUACUCCCCACCCACCCAUGUGACCUUAAUGUCAGUUGCUGGUCUGUUGCUCUUCGGGGAGGGAGAGAUGGCCUGGAUAUAGAGCUAAGCAAAUGCUUCUUAAAGGGCCCUUAAAAGUGAAAAGUAACUUGCAAGAGGUUGAGAUCCUUCUGAGCUAGGAGAACUUAUUCCACCUUCAAAACCAAGUUUGGGCCGGGUGCAGUGGCUCACGCCUGUAAUCUUAGCACUUUGGGAGGCUGAGGCGGGCGAUCACCUGAAGUCAGCUACUCGGGAGGCUGAGGCAGGAGAAUCGCUUGAACCCAGGAGGCAGAGGUUGCAGUGAGCCGAGAUUGCGCCACUGCACUCCAGCCUGGGCGACAGAGUGAGACUCCGUCUCAAAACAAAAAAACAAAACAAAACCUAGUUUUGUGCCUUCUGAAGAUAGGACAUCUUCUUUUUCCACAAAUGCUGGACAUGCCAAAAACCAAACGGAAAACCAGGACAUUCCAGCCCAACUGGGACAAUAUCAGAGACCAUCUUCAAGCGCAAGAAGCAGGUGAAAGUCCAGGAAAUUGGCAGAGCCAGGAUUAUCAUCCAGUACUUUCAUUUCACAAAUGGAGAAACCAAGGUUCUGCCAGCUAGAUUUUUUUUCACAGUGUCACUGCUAGCAAGGCACUAAGCUGGUGCUGGGACUUGAGAGCUGCUGCUAUUUAGAGGAUCUUGGGAAUAAAAGUUAAACUGGAGUUUAAUGGCCCUUUCAGUUUUGCUAUAGAGAAGAGAAAAAAAUGAAUGAAUGGACAGAUGGCUUUAUGGGUGUAAGAAAGAAGAGAAAACUCUCAAACCCCAGUGUUCCUGAAUAUCUGUUCUCCCCCUGACCAAAGACACUCGGAAUUUAUCAAAUGCAGCUUUGACCUCCAAGCCAAGUAAACUGCUCUUGUUGCUAUUUUAGUGGCUUUUGUUUUUUUAAGAUACAAGGUCUCACUUUGUUACUCCGGCUGGAGUGCAGUGGCAUGAUCAUAACUCAUUGUAGGCUCAACCUCCUGGGCUCCAGUGAUCCUCCUGCCUCAGCCUCUCAAGUAGCUAAAACUACAGAUGUGCACCAUCACACCUGGCCAAUUUUUUUUUUUUUUUUUGAGAUGGAGUCUCGCUCUGUUGCCCAGGUUGGAGUGCAAUGGCACAUCUUGGCUCACUGCAACCUCUGCCUCCCAGGUUCAAGCGAUUCUCCCUGUCUCGGCCUCCGAGUAGCUGGGACUACAGGCGCCCACCACCAUGCCCAGCUAAUGUUUGUAUUUUUAGUAGAGACGGGGGUUUCACCAUGUUGGCCAGGCUGGUUUUGAACUCCUGACAUUAGAUGAUCCACCUGCCUCAGCCUCCCAAAGUGCUGGGAUUACAGGCAUGAGCCACCAUGCCAAGCCACGCCUGGCUAAUUUUUUAAAAUUAUUUUUUGCAGAGAUGGAGUCUCACUAUGUUGUCCAGGCUGGCUUGAACUCCUUGGCCUCAAGUGAUCCUCCCACCUCAGCCUCCCAAAGCAGUGGGGUUACAGGCGUGAGCCACUGCACCUGGCCCUGUUUUCAUGGCUUUUAUUUCCUUUCAUCCCAGCACAUUUGUCUGCAGUACUAGACAUGUUUUACAAAUCAACAAGUGUUUACACAAGUACAUGCAGCUUGUUUUUGGGGGAAAAGAAACAAAAUAUGCAUAUUCUCCGUGUGGAUUUGUGCCUCUUAACUGUGUUUCUAGUCUCUAAGGUAACCCUUUAACCUACUCAAGAUGGGGCCCAGAGAAGUGGCCUGCGUUACAGAUUUAUUUUGGCAUAUGUACUAAGUUCCAUUUUCUCUUUACAAAUAAAGUGUUUUCUUUCU